AGCAGUGUGGGUAACUCUUUGAUAUCAAAAUAAAAAAUAAGAACUGCAAAUGAGAAAAGCUUUUUAUUAGUUUUAGUUUUAAUUUGGGGUUUUGUUUCUAUUGGUUUUGUUUUUUCUGUUUUUUCUAGAUCAGCAGGAAGUUAGAUAGUCAAUGAGUAAACCUCCAGAAAUUACAGCAGUUUUCAUUGACUUUCCCAAAGAUUGGUUGAUUGGAAUUGAUUUUGUUUUUUUUAAAUCGAAUGAUAAAUUUAAAGGCAUUAAAUUAAUUCCAUCUGGAUUUCAUAUAUUACAUUAUGGAAUUGAUAACGAAGGAUUGAGAAAUGGAUACUGUUUUAUUGGAAACGAGCAAGAUGUGAUUUAUUUGAUAUAUAAUUCCGAUGAUGAAGAAGUGAUGGUUUUCAAAAACAAUAUUCCAAAUUAUUUUUCAAAUAAUAAUAAUAAUAAUAAUAAUAAUAAUAAUAAUAAUAAUAAUAAUAAUAAUAAUAAUAAUAAUAAUAAUAAUAAUGAUAAUGAUAAUGAUAAUGGUAAUGAUAAUGAUAAUGAUAAUGAUAAAUUGAAAACAAAAUUUAAAGAAAUAAAUAAUCAACUUGGAGAUCUAUAUAAAUUUAUGAUUGUGUAUCCCAAAGAUGAAAAUCUAGAAAAUUGGAAAAAUCAUUUAACAAAUUAUAUUAAUCGAGAAUAUAUACUAGAUAAAAUCUUACCUCCAAACAAACAAGUUUCAUCAAUUGUUUCUUCUAAUGAAGAAAACAAAAAAUUAAUAAAUUCACUAAACAAAGCAUCAAAAGAUUCCCAAAACCAAAUCAAUAAGCUAUUUGAUACUUAUAACUCAGGGUACAAAUUCACAGAGUUUGAUAUCAAAAAAACAGUCAGGCCCAAUGCUACACCACAGGAGAUAACAAAGGACUCACUAGAUAAGUCGUGGUAUUUUGAGAAUGUUUUGCUCAAAGAAAAGUACAAUUCUGAUUUAACAGGAUUGAUAGGAGAAUUGCAGUUGUCGUAUUUGUUGAUGGUAUUAUUCGGCAACUAUGCUGCGUCUGUGCAAUACAAUAAAUUUGUUCGAAUAUUGAGUAACUGCAACGAGCUGAUAAUGAAUAUCAGUGCAAACAAGACCAAUCAGUCCCACAAUGAAGGAGCAUUUGCAGAAUACUUGGAUAUCGUUUACCAUCAGCUCGACAAACUUCCUGAGGAGUACAUGGGCGAGUUGCUUCAAACAGAGAUUGUGGUCGAGUCGUUUGAGAACUUGGACGAGAUUGUGCCCUUAAGAAGCACGCUCAGAGUGGCUGUUGACAGAGUCCUCAACCUUCUCUCAACCAAGUUCUCGAUCGAUAUUCUAGCUGUUUCUGCUGCUUCUGCUGCUUCUGCUGCGUACGGACACGAAGAGGAGACGUAUACGGACGAGUAUUCACCGACGGUGGUUUACGAGACGUGACUUUCUCGUGGAAUACCCGCCGCACCCCGUAAUUGCUCCCGUGCUUGUCCGUCCGGUCUAACAAAGACCUGCCCAGCCUGAGAAA